CAGGCCGCAGGAUUCGAACCGAACGUCCGCUCGGAGCCGGGAGCUGGCCGAGCGGCGCGGGCCAAUCAGCGGCGGCGGCUCGCGGCCCCCGAACGUUGGGACACAGCCCCGCCCCGCACUGUUGUUUGCGUGUCGGCGGCCGCGGGAGCAGGACCACAACACUCGCCGGGCGGGCUGCGGGGCGGCGAGGGUCCGGAGGCCGCGGGCGGCGGCGAGCGCGAGCCGAGGGCGGCCGGCCUCCCGCGGCCGCCGAGCUGGAUUGCGCGCCGGCCGGAGCCAUGUCGGUGAACACGGAUGAGCUGCGGCACCAGGUCAUGAUCAACCAGUUCGUGCUGGCCGCGGGCUGUGCGGCCGACCAGGCGAAGCAGCUGCUGCAAGCGGCCCACUGGCAGUUCGAGACCGCCCUGAGCACGUUUUUCCAAGAAACCAACAUUCCCAACAGCCACCACCACCACCAGAUGAUGUGCACCCCCAGCAACACGCCGGCCACGCCGCCCAACUUCCCGGACACCCUGGCCAUGUUCUCCAAGCUCCGCGCCUCCGAGGGCCUACAGAGCGGCGGCGGCCCCAUGACGGCCGGGGCCUGCUCCCCCCCUGCAAACUUCAGCCCCUUCUGGGCCUCGUCCCCUCCCAGCCACCAGGCCGCCUGGAUGCCACCCUCCUCCCCGACAGCCCACAGCUUCCACCACCUGCACCACCCACAGCCCACGUGGCCCCCCGGAGCACAGCAGGGGGGCGCGCAGCAGAAGGCCGUGGCUGCCGUGGAUGGCCAGAGAUGAGACUGGACGCCACGGCGCUGGGCAGUCGGGGUCGUGGGGACAGAGGAGGGUCGGGGCCGGGGCGGGGCGGGGUUUCCCGGAGAUCGCACUGGAAGAUUUUAUAAAGGAAUUUUGGAGGGUGGGGGGUAGUAGACCUCCUGGGCCACUUGGGUCCUUCAGGAGUUUCUCUUCAGGCAAGUUUUUUCUGUUUAAUAUAUAACUAUAAUAUAUAAAUGUAACUAAUGUAUGUGAGUGGGCCGGCCAGCCUGGGGUCCUGGGGUCAGAGGAAGGGUCAGGAGACCCUCCCCUGUGGCCAGCACCCCUCCCUCCGCCCCAGUCCCGGGGCCGGUGCUGCGGGGCCGGGCCGGGCGGCGCGACAGCGCGGGCACCAGGUGCCUGCCCGCCGCCUCCUUUCAAAGGGCACGCCUUUCGGAGCGGGGAGAAGAGGGCCACCAGUGGGUAGUGGCUACCGGAGGGGCCCCCGCAGGUACCUGGGGGUCCACGUUGUGGGGUCUCUGCCUUCACGGGGGUGGGGGGGGCAGCCCCACCCCUGCGGGCUGCCGGGACUGAAGAGCCUGCAGGGGCCAGAGGCCCAGGCUCCGCCCCUCCCGGGCUCGCCCCUCCCACUGCGCCCAGGCCCGGCGGAGAGCUUGCCUUUGGAGCUUGUUGUCCCCAAAUCAGUCGUUUCACCAGGGUGACGUUUUAGUUUUAAGACUUAAAAGAGACUUUUCUACCUUC